UGCUGUGGCCAAGCUUAUUUUGGAAGUCAGAGUGUACUUUGUGUAAAAGCGAUAAAAAAUAUACAUAUAUAUUUUACGUGCGCUUCAUUUGCUACUUCCUUCAGUUUGUGACUCUUGGCGUAAAGGACACCAGCAGAGACGAACAGUGUCGUGGGUGUGAAUGACAUUUUUGAUUUCGUGGCAUGCUCACAAUAAAGGACGGGUUUUACCGCGGUUACAUCGCAAUUGACCUGUUUGCACGUCGCUGAUGAUUUGGACAGAAAUACUGUUGAAUGUUCCCUUAUUAACUGGCUUAUAAUACACACGUGACGUCCCUUCAAAUACUGUUAUAGACGUCUCAAACUGAAACACUGUUAACAAACACACACGAAAUAAUCUCUUUACUGUGCACUCUGUAUGCCGAGAUGUAAACUAAUGUUGAAAAUCACGACUUGAAGCAAUUAGAGGACAAGUAUGACGUAACCAGUCGCGCCAAGUCAUUGCUGAUACAUGACGUCAUUACAUUAGGAUUUUCGCAAACAGUGCCAUAUUGUACUACGUCAACAAUGCAGCAGGGAGCCUGGGGUGAUUGUUUGAAAACAUUCAGUCAUUAACACAUCUCUGUAUCACAUGGAUGCUUAAACAUUUUAACCGUUUUUAACCCGGCACUUUUACCACAUGGUGAAAUAUACAUGAGACGUUAUAUAUAUUGGAGAAUUGAGGUACAUUUCUGUGCAGACAUGGUGUUAAUGGUGAGAUGUUUUACCUAUUCCACUGUACGUCACAAAGAAUGUAAAUAAAAACAAAGCGACGAGAGUUACUGUUCCUGCUUCAGGUUAUUUCCGGCUACAGGUGCGCGCUGAAAAAACACAUCGUCCCUGGUGUUAACAGGCUCAGAUACAAGACCUUCAGCUGGGGGAAGGAGGGAAUUCCCCCCCUGUACUGCCACACAAGGAGGUGUAUCACCCCCAGUAAUAACACCAAUAAUGCUCAGUGUUUAUACACCAGUCAUGUGACCUGGAUCACCUGUGGAGCUAUUUAUAGUCACAGAUUAUUGCUUCACAUGGGCUGGAGAGAGAGAGAGGGAGAGAGGAGAGCAAGAGACAGCCAAGUUCCUGGUUGGCCAAGGUGGUUGGUUAGCCUGGGUGGUUCUUCUAGAAUGUCAGAUGUCAAGUUGUGCUGAACUGGAUUAGAAGUUGUGCUUGGUUCUGUAGAAUGAAAAUGGCUCUGUUGGUGACAUCGUGUACAAUGGGGAAACAGCCAAGUCGACUGCUGGACAAGGGGCCCUCGUACCUCCGAACUCGCACAAAUACAAAACUCUUUGCUCGGAGGCGGCGGAGCUCGGUGGAGACCCUGGAAGCAAGCAGACCUCAGUAUGUCAAGAGCAGCAACUCACUGGAUCACCGACCAGCCAGCUUUCACUUUCCUGACUCAUUCAACAUCUUCGGCAGAUGCACAAGUCAGGUGACGACUACCCAGCCUCCUCGCUCUAAGUCGGAGUACAACCUGCACCAGCUGAUAGAUGAUUGUAACAGUCAUGACAGCAAGGACAACGUGGAUGGUGAUGCCAACCCUGGUGAAGAUUCUCCACGGCAGCAGCAACAAUGUAAUCCGCUAGCAAGCAGACACACACCACACAGACCCACUGAAGCAGCACCAGUAAAAAUCAAUAUGUCUGAGAGAGCCUCUGAAAUCUCCAACACCUCCCCACACCGAAGGGUACCAUGUGUUGAUAGCAAUGAAAGGAAAUGUGUUAGUUCUGGUGUGUCGAGGUCGCGGGAUACGCGCACAAGUCUCUCUUGUCAGAACUUGGGUGAGAUGGCAGGGGACAGGGUGCUUCAGGUGGUGACGACUCCGGCGACUCUCCCAGCAGGUGUGGCAGAAGUGGAAUCUGAGGUCAACAUGGAGAGCACCUGCACACCUGUGCACCGCUCACACUCCGAUUUAAACUGUCGGCAUGUGCGUGAUAGCUCUGUUGCCUCGGAUAAGAGUUCUCGGUAUUCAAGAGCAAGUGCUGAUUUAGAAAAAUUCUUCAAUCAAAUGGGACUUGAGAGAAACGUGUUAGACCCCAUGUUGCGUUUGCAAGAAGUUCAGGGCAAGAAAGAGUUUGAAAUGUUUGAAAGUGUGAGUUCACUAGAUUCUCCCGACACAAGAAGCAUAUGUAGCGGAGUGUCACGCAGUGAGAAAGCUCACUCUGACACAGAGGCAACAGACAAGACACUCAGUACAUCAGUAGUAGAACGCAAUGCACGAAUUAUUAAGUGGUUGUGCAGUGUAAAGAAGGCAAAGACAAAUGUUCCUGGACAUACCUAACCAGGUUGUGUUGUUAAGUGUGUUGCUUCAUGUGUUGCUUCAUGUGUUGCUAGGUCCAGUGUGUGGGCCACUCCAGUUCAGCACUUGGAGCAACAAACAAUAUGCGAAGAUUUAUGCGAAGAUUUAAAAUCAAAAGUUUUGUUUUGUUUUGUUUUCAUUGUUGAUAAAAGUGGGCUGCUAUCAAAAUGGUCACAGUGAAGAUGAUGACUCAGUGUUAUCAGGAAGGGUAUCUGUGUGAUAUGUUGAGUGCAAGAUCCCGUUGAAUGAGACCGCAGUCCCUGGAAGGCCUGGUCCUACAGUGGUGAAAGCAGGACUUGAAGGAUUAUACAUAUCUGUACUCACCUCAAGUGCUUUCAGUGUAGAUGUGUUUUUGUAUUCAUACUUUGCUCUUUUACCAGAAGCAGCAGUUAACGAGAUCAUAAAGGUUGUUUCCAGUUCACAUGUCAAAAAAUGAAAGAAAGAGUCUUUUUUUAACAUGAAUUUUAAUUUCAGUCCUUCUGUAUGUGUACUGGGUGUUGUAUUCUCACAGUUCAUGGCCCCAUUCUUACAAAGAUCUAUACUCUACAACAGCAGAAUGUCUGUGUAAGGAACUGGAGCUACAACUUGAUGUCAGACCUGUGAUUGUGGUAACAAUAACAGUGCUCUCGGAGGACUUUAUUACCACACUGCUAGUUAUGUUUAGGAACUUUUUAGUUGAAACACAUAAACUACAGGUUGGACACAAGAAUAUUCAAUUUCCAGAUUAGGAAGUUAGUUGUGGGAGAGCACAUUUGAUGUGAGUCUACUGGCAGCAACCUUGUUGGAAGUGGCAGAUGUUUGUGAGGUUUGAGUAGCUGUCAGGGUUAUUUGUGUUUGCUAUCACAGAUGGCUUGGGUGCAUAUUAAGUUGAAUGUUAUGCAGUGCUGUUGACUGUUCAAGCUAGGGAUGUCAGCAUGUGACAUGAAGCAUGGACAUUUUAAAGAUUAUGUAUCUGCUGUAAUUGAAACUGCUUCUGUGAAUCUGUAUAUAUGAAUUGUCCAUACACCUGAAAAUUUUUACAUACCUCAAUAUGUCUGGCUUUGUUAGAGGAUAUGUGGUCAGGACAAAGGUGAACAUCAGGCCAUUUAGUGUUGUUUGAGAGUGAUUUUUAGUAAGUCUGAAAAUGCCUUUACUUAUUUAAUUUAUCAUAAAUAAUGAUAAAUAUUAUUGUAAUAACAAUUCCUCCACAUAUUUAAUGAACAGCUAGAGAUGAGCCAGAUUAACUUAUUCAAAGUUAAAGGGGAGCUAAGUGGGUGCAUAUUUAAUAAAUAUGCUAUUAAGCUAAAUUGGAGAGAUUUUUGCCAUUGAAUAUAUUGAAAUAUGUAAGCAUCACAUCAGCCAGUAGUAAUACUUCAUAUUGUAUUUACAGAGUAUUGUUGAUAUAUUUAUCACCUUAUGACAGUGGUUUGUUUUCAAACAUUAAAAGAAUGUGCAAUAAUAUAUACAAUAAAUUGUGUGUUCAUAGUCCAAGCAAGAUGAUGUUGCAAUUUACUGAAAUAUGACUAUUUUAGUAUGGAUAAUAUAAAUGUUUUGAUGAUUUAAUUGCCAGUUUUUAACAGUACAAGUGUGCAAUUCUUCAGCUAUUUUGAAUUCUGUAUUUCUUGUACUGUGUCGAGGUUAGUGGAUAAAAUGAAGUAAUAUUUUUAAUAAAUAUAUAUGAAAUGCAUAUAAUUUAUUUAAUGCAUACUAGUUUGAUAUUUUUCACUGAUAUAAAUAUUGAGUCGAUUGUAAAAGCUAUUCAUUCAUAUGAUCCUGUUGCAUUACCUCAAAACUGCAUAUUAUUCCAAAUUUCUAUUUCUGAAUAUCAUCUAAGAUUCAGUCGAGUUGUGAGCCUCUACAAAUGUUCAUGAAUAUAUUUGUCCUACAGAUGCUACAGACCAGUUAUUUUGGUGUUCAUGUUGCUGUUGUGCAUAUAUCUAAAUCUGCAGUGACUGCAAGUUCCUUGCAUGAAUGAAAAUAUGCUGAUCACAGCAUGGCUGUAUGUACCUUGCAGUCAGAGAUCUAGUUUCUGUGCAGGUAACUGUACAGACUGUAAGAGCCUGAAGGAGACCUGACAGGAAGGGGUCCUUGAACCAGCGAAAAGGGGUCGCUUCUAUGGCAGGGAUUGAAAGUAACAGUCAUCUAUAGGCCUGACGCUUAUAGAAAUCACCACUGACUAAAAUAAUAUUUUUGUAAUAUCUUGCAGGGACUGUAAGCUUUUGACACAUGAUGUAUAUUUUUUUUUUUUUUCCCCAUUUAAACCUGCAUCAUGAAGCCAGCACAGAGUCUUAAUAUGUGAAUGUUUUUAUGGGACAUGAAAUAUUUAAUUCAGAAGUUUUAUUUCAUAGGGCUAGUAACAUUUUGCAGGGCUCUCUCCCUGUAGGCUUGUUUGGUUUGUCAAUUUUUAUGGUUAUUCCCUACCGCUGUGACUGGAGCAAGUGUAAUGUAACCUGAAGUUGUACUUAUCCUCCAUAUGGGGAGAUUCUUACACAGCGCACUUAUGGUAUUUUCACAAUAACACAGGAUGAUGUGAUAUAAUAUAAACUCUUUAAGUCUCACACACGGACAAAAGUGUUGUAGAUUAUGAACAUAUCUAUAUAUAUUCAUAUCCCAUAACUACACAUUGUAGGUGACUUGACUCACCAAUCAGAAUGAAGUAUUUCCAAAUUCAUGGUAGAAUAAAUUUUGAUGUUUAUGACAUGUGUGAAUCAUUCGGGUGUACACGCCAUGGUUUUGAAAGUUAGACUAGUUGAUCAGUUGCCAAAUACAUUCCUUCAGCCAACAGACUGACCUGUAGAUUGAUGACAUUCAUUGCGAUCAUCAUGUUUUUUAUGAAUUCAUUUUAGAAGUGUUUGAUUGUGUUCAUUUAUUUAAGACCAAAGACAUAUACUUUUUCUUCCACCAUUCAUCCAAACAAUGUGAAUAUACCAGCCAAUCAUAGCUUCUCGGAGAAUCAACAUUGCUUUUGCAAACUGCAACUUUAUGUGUUCUUAAUGGCCAAAAAUAGUUGACUGGAAUGUAUCUUUACCUUAUGUGCAUAACUUAAAGAUUUAUGUACAAAAAGCCUAUGCAAAACUGAUUUACAAAGAAGCAAGGUUGUGCACAGACUGCUGAAAUCAUUUCUCAUACAGUCUUCAUGUUCUUACAAAUGCUUAGAUUUUGUAUUGAUCAAUGGAGUGCCAUUGAAACAGAAGUCAUCUUUUUGUGACAGCUAAUCCAAGGGAGGUAACUCUGUAAUAAGGCCUGAUUAGAGUACUUGAUCUUGAGGUUGAAAAUGUAUGUUUAUUUAACAGUGCAUAAAGUAUAAGUGGCUUGACUUUGUAUUAAUCCAAACUAACAUAAGAACUCAUAUAUGCUGGAAGUGCUUGUACUUAUCUGUGAAUAAUGGAGAUUUUGUGUACAAAUAAUGUAUACACACAUGACUUCUAAUGAGGGGCAUUUUAGAAGUUGGAGGUCAGAUAGAACAAGUAUAUAUGGAUGACAACUUCUUUUAUUCUAGAGCACGACAUUUCGAUACAGGUUCUUGUAUCGUUUUCAAGUAAGAAUUGUGAUCCAUAUACACUUGUUCUAUAUACACAUGCUUGUUAACAUAGGAUGUGGCAAGCUUAUUAGGGGAUGUUACAAUCACAGAGACCACCUGAUCUGUACUGAAAUAAUUAUCCCUACCUUACAUUGUUAAAAGUAAAUUAGUAUAUUGAUAACUGAUUAUUUGGCCUUUUGUGUCUCAGUUGUUAAUACUUAAUAUGCAGGAAAUCUAUGUUUGUGGUAAAUGUUGUUACAUGGCUAAAUUAUUGCUGAGGUGCCAGUACAUUUAAAUUCUUUGGAGAGAUGAAAAAGGUUACUGUCCAGGAGACUGUAACUGUAUCCUCUAGUCUUACACCUGGAUCUAGUAAAUAUUUGGGUAAACUAUUAAGCUCAGCUAUUUUAUGAUCAAGUCCCUGAUACUAGUUCUAGGCAAGUACACGUCCGUGUUUUGGCACACAGUUAAGGAACAGUGAGGCUGUUAUUCUUUUUCCAGUAAUGAAAUAUAAAUUUGCUAUACUAGAUUUUCAUCUCUGAAGGCAAGAAAGUAACUUCACAUCCCAUGUUAUAUAACAAAAAUGUCAUUUCCUGAAAUGAAAACAUCUCAUGGAGCUGUCAUUGCACAAUUAACGACCUUUGUCUUUUAUGGUAUAGAUCCUUCUUCACACAGCUGGCCAUAUACAGUAGGUCCUUUACAUGUUUGGCAUUGACACCAGUUACUGUUCUGUUUUCCAUUGUUAGCCAGAGAUGCUGAAAAGUUUGCUGCCCAAAAUAAAUUCAUCAGGAAAUCAA